UUCAUACACAUUCCCUCUUACAAUCAUUUCAUCAAACAAUUGGUGUGCACUACGAAUUAAACUGAAACCAUAGCUUUGGCAUUAUCCAUCCACAAAUUUCCGAUAAGCUCAGCCAUGAAACACAUCUUACAACUCCGAUUUGUUCAAGUCAAUCAACAAGCUCUUCCAAACUACUUUAUUGUACUCUUCCAUGAUUAAAGCUACGAGAAUUUUGUUUGGGUACUCAUCUUUCAGUUGCUUAAAUUCUUGUACAUGGUUUCAAGUGGUCUAUCACUGAUAAGUUCACAAGAAAGAAAUCAGCCCAAUAAGUCACGGUAUUGAAACAAGGUAAGUUAACAACUUUGAAACUAGGUACGUUAGCUGGAAACGAAGUAACGAGUUGUAAAUUCUUUAAGUGACUAGCUUUGUAUAUAUAAUUUCAAAAUAUACGUUUCAAUGUUUAUUGAAAAUUUCAUGUUCUGCUUAUAUUGGACCUUAUAGAUUGCAUGGAACUAGUCAGAGGCUACCAUACACAUUUGGUGUGAUCAAAAAAAUCAUUUAAUUUUAUACUUGAACCUGCAUUUGGAUUUUUCUCCCUUAUCUUUUUCAAAACUUUUAUUCAUCCCCUUUUAAAAAUUAACUUUUUCUAUAACCAAGAGUAGUGUUCAGAUCCAUUUUUCUCCUUUUUUUUUUCUUCAAAAAAUCACAACAGAGUUAAUAACUGUCCAUAUUUUAAGUAUUUCAAACAUAAUAAAUUUCUCAUCAUGUUUAAAAAUACGCCAUAGUGUUGACAAGAAAAAUUAGAGGAGGUCUUAAAUUUUUUUUUAGAGGAUUGAAGUUAUAAACAACUUUUAGAAGCUAAUCAUGAAACUUCAACGACACAAUUUUUCUCUCUGCGGCAAUGUUAUGGUAUGACUUUGUAAAAGCCUUUCACUUUAUUUGUCCCUUUUGAUGUUUAAUCUUAAAAAGAUAAGUUUGCUUAAAUGUUAUCUUAUGGGCUGAACAUUGCUGUUGGAAAUUCCACUCUUAUUUUGAUCAAACUAAGAUAGCCAGAGCUGUGUAAUACUAGUUUUUUAUGAGUGCAGAAAUAUUGUGAACAUUGUAUUUGAUGCAAAAUCUUUUGACCAUUGUUGUUGGAAAUUCAUACUUUAUUUGCCUUUAUCAUUGGCACUCAACUUAGAAGAUACAUUGCAUAAUCCGUGUGAAAAGCAUAAAGUAGAGAAUCUGAUUCUUAUUUUCAGUAGGAAGAAAGAGGUACCGAAUUUGUGCUUGUGAAGGAGUUUCCUAUUGUUAGGAAAUAUGAGGAUGAGACCAUAUAGUCAUUGUUUGAGAUAGAGAAAGAGAUGCAGUUUGUGUGAGAUAGGGAAAGAGAUGCAGUUUGUUCCUUUGAGGCAUUUUGCCAAACAGUUUACGUUCACGUUUAAACUAAGAGAACCAAAAAGAAAAAGUCAUGGUGAGAAGGCAAAGAACCUUUCCAUUCACUUUCAAAGAAUUCUAAAAUCUAAAUUCAUGGUAAGGAUGCAAAGAAUCUGUUAAGUUUUUUAGUUUUUAUUGUUUUUCAGCUAUUUAACGAGGUUCAAACCCCCGCAAUCUACCUAUUUUUGUAGUGUUGAUUUUAAGUGAUAUGACGUAUCACUUCAGCUUCAUUGUACUAAAUAGAGACAAAAUCAAAAAUAUGGAUAGAAAAAUUUAUGGAAAAUGACUAAAAUUGAAUUUUAGAUUAUUAUAGGGAAGAAAAACAUAUUUAAUCUUAAUAAAAAAAUGUAACAAAAGAAAAGAAUUGUUCUUUGAAUAAAAGAAGGGAAAAUAUUUUUAAAUACAAAAAUCAAGGAAAAAUAUUUGGAUCUAAUCAAAGAAGCAAUGAAUCAGGACAGUUUCUAGGACCAAGUUCAUGGAAAAUUAAAAAUAAAUAUAAAAAUCUAGCAAUGAAGUUUGAAAGUAUGAAACCUCUUUAAUAGGUGGAACCAGAAGUUGAAACAAUCCUUUAAACAUUCAAAAUUAAAUUAUAAAAUACAUAUAAUAUAAUUAAAGAAAAGUAUUUUAUUUUGAAUGAAAGAAGGAAACGUUUUUUGUAAUAAAGAACCAAGGAAAAGUAUUUGGACCUACAAUGAAUGGGGUCAGUUUCUAGGACCAAGUUCAUGGAAAAUAUCUAGCAAUGAAGUUUGAAAGUACGAAACCGGUAGUUGAAACAAACCUUCAAAAAUUCAAAAUUAAAUUAAAUUAUAUAUAAUUGCCUAGUUUAGACAUUGUUCUUUCUCACAAUACAGAGAGAAAGAAAUGGUUCCAUGGAAUUCAUUUGCAUUAGAAAUAAUCUAUCAAGUAUUUGGUUGGUUAGCAUUUCUUUCAUGGUCUCUUGCUGGUUACCCUCAACUCAUUUCCAAUUUUCGUAGAAAAAGUGUGGUUGGUUUAAGCUUAGAUUUUACAAUCUUGAACUUCACAAAGUUCUGGUCAUAUCUCAUUUACAAUGCUUCCCUCUUCUUUAGCCCUGUCAUUCAGAAACAAUAUUUUGAGAAAUAUGGCUAUGGACAGAUGAUUCCUGUAGCUGCUAAUGAUGUUGCUUUCUCUACUCAUGCAGUUAUAAUCAAUUUGAUUGUAUUGUUUCAAUUUGCAAUUUAUGGAAAGGGAAACCUGAAGUUAUCCAAGUAUACAAUUGCGAUAUUUGUUGGUGUGUGGUUCAUUGCUGCUGUUUGUUUUUUCAUAGCAUUGCCUACCAAAUCUUGGCUUUGGCUUAUCUCCAUUUUCAAUUCAAUUCAAGUGUUUAUGACCCUCAUCAAAUACUUUCCCCAGGCAUUAAUGAACUUCAUGAGAAAGAGCACAGAUGGAUUUAGCAUUGGCAGCAUUCUGCUUGAUUUUUCAGGAGGUGUCUUAAAUUAUUCACAAAUGGUUGUGCAAUCUAUAGGUCAAGAUUCAUGGAUGAAUUUCUAUGGUAACAUUGGUAAAGUAAUGAUAUCUUUGGUAUCUAUAGUCUAUGAUACAAUUUUAAUGUGUCAACAUUAUGUACUAUAUCCUCACAAGAAAGUGCUUACUACUUCUGAAAAUUCUGAAGAAAUCAAGAAACCAUUGAUUAGUUCAAGUCCAAUAGAUGAACAAAUUAAUGAUUCUGUAUGAAUCUUAUCAUUCUUUUGUAGAGGUUGGAGGUUCUUUGAGUAUAUAGUGUGCAAAACCAAAAUCAGUCAAUUCAUGUAUCAUAUGUAUAAAUGCUUUUUGAAUACUACUUUCAAA